UGCCAGAGAAAUACCAUAAGCUGUUUACUAAUGCAGAGCGGCGAGCCACAGAAAUAUUUUCAAAGACAAAGCCAGUUGGGGGCAUAGUAAGGAGGAACUCACAAGAACCAAAGAGAGCUCCGAGACCUUCCACUGAAACAGCACAAGGCCCUACAUUACAGAUUUCAGCAGAGUUUCCCCAAAAUAACUCCACACUUGGUACUACUGCUCAACCUUCUCAAAAUGGCUCUGUAUUGGAAGCAUCAGCCAGACCAGUCCAUAUUCAUUCAGAACAGCAACCAUUGACUCUUCAUGAAUCAAGACAGCAACCUCAGUCUGUGAGGGAAGACACAGAUGGAACACCUGAAGGUGCCUGUGCUCUGGUUGAACCUUCACACUGCUUUAAUUCUCAUAAUUUCAACCAAGGUGCCAGCCAUUCCAACUCUUAUGUAACAUCUCCAAAGAUUCCUGAGGCCCUCCUCAACCCAACAGCUACACUGCACACCACUGUUAAUUCAAGACGUCCAAUGGCUGAUGUGACUCUGCCAAAAUUAGCAAAUAACCAUGCUAGUAAACAGGAAUCAGUCAGAAAGAUCAAUAACAAUGAAAUCUAUGGAACCUGUGCAGAAGUGUCUUGUGAGGAUAACAAUCUAGAGGAAUUGAAGACCAGACAUAAAGCAGCUCAGUAUGAUCCUCAUAAAGAUUAUUUGGACAAGCUAGAGGAAAAGAGAGUGAAGGAGAUGACACAGGAGUCUGGGGGCAAAGAAGUAACAAGACAAACUAAUUCCUCUGGAGGAGCAUCACUUACUGGAGUUGUGACAGUUCAGCCCCUCCCAAGUCCUCAAGGGCAUCCUGUAGAAUGCCCUGGAGCAGAACGACACCGCAGAAUUUCUAAUGCCUCUGAUACAUCAAACCAUAGUACCAGUGUUCCAGUGAUCCCAUAUAAAGAACUAGAGGAAGCUACUGCACUUUGGAAUCGAGAUCAUCUCUUGGGCCGAGGAGGCUUUGGUUGUGUAUUUAAAGGUGUUUGGAAAAACACAGAAGUUGCCAUUAAGAGAAUUGAACCCCAUGACAAUGCCUCAUUAGAUAACACUCGACUACACAUAAGCCAGAGCCUUGAGGAAUUAAAGCUUCUGCAGUCUUAUCGCCAUGAUAAUAUUCUGCAGGUUUAUGGUUACUCAACAGAUCAUGAAUUGUCACCAUGUCUAGUGUACCAGUUUAUGCCCAAUGGAUCUGUUGAGGAUAGACUUCAGUGUAGGAAAAUUGAAGCUUUUGGUGAAGGGCCACCAUUAGGAGCAACCACACCACUUUCUUGGUGGCAGCGCUUCAGAAUAGCCUGGGGCACAGCGCGAGCUUUACAGUUUCUACACACAGUCAAAGACAAGCCACUUAUUCAUGGGGACGUAAAAAGUGCUAACAUAUUACUGGACCAAAACUAUGAACCCAAACUAGGUGAUUUCGGCUUGGCAAGAGAAGGCAAGAGCCAGUCAACUAGCAUGAAAGUCUCACGAGUUCAUGGUACCAAGCCUUACCUUCCAGAUGAUUACUUAAGGUCAAAAAAGCUGUCUGUAAAAGUCGAUACAUAUAGUUAUGGUGUUGUUCUCUUUGAACUGUGUACUGGUCUUAGAGCUUAUGAUGAAAAGAGAAAGGAAAGAGGAAAGUUUUUGAAGGAUCUUGUGGAUGACACUACUGACGAAGAGUCGCUCAGAGACAGAAAUGCUGGAAUCAACCAUGAAGAAGUGUUUACAUUCCUUUAUAAACUUGGAAAAGACUGUGUGCAUUCUGCAGCAGGAAAGCGUCCAGACAUGACUACAGUUUUCAAGGAACUGGAGAGUUAUGGUGUAGUCUUGGAUGAGCGAGCCCGAGCAAAAAGAAUCUCCUUAGGGGAAAUGAGUUCAGUGUCUUCAACACCACACAUGCUGCAAAUACACUAUGAUACUGCUGGAUCUUUUCACUCGCCAUCACCAUCCCCUUCUACCCAGCCAUCCCUUCCUCACUUUUUUCAUCAUUCUCCAUCUCCCUCUCCUGCUUCUAUGCUACCACCUUAUCAUUCUCCACCAUCCCCAUCUUCAAUUCCACCACGUUCACCUGUUCCACCAGGAUUAUCUCCAAAUUCACAUGUACCUCCACACUAUUCCCCUUGCCCAGCAGUGCUUGGAAAUGUUCCAAGAUUAGUUGCUAAUGGGUCAGUCGCAUAUCAUCCACGAAUGUUUCAUUAUGGUGGAACAACUGGUUGGAAACAAGGAGCUGGGGGUAAUAUUGUUUACGGAAUGAAUCCUCUUCAACCUAGUAUUCCACAGUUUCAUGUGCCACAUAUAAAUGUCAGUCCAACCUUGGCUAAUGGUAGUGAGAGCAGAGACCCGCCCAGCUAUAGCGAGACUAUAUCUCGGCUUCCCAGUGGUGCUGUUGGUAAUGUGCCUCCAAUGAUACCACAGCUCUCAGGACUCUAUAUCAAUGAUGGCCAUGGUAAUGAAAAUAGCAAUGAAUCAUAUAACUCUGAUAGUGAUUGUGGAUAUUCUGAAUCAAGCUCAAUUACUAACACUACUCAGAAUGUUGGUAUGAUAAAUGUUUUACACACUUUUCGCCAAGGGGCUGUGGCAGAUUCUGGACUACCCACAGUUUUGCCAACAGUUAUUUCCAGUCGUGAAGGUAACUCGAGGGAAAAUCCUGCUGCACCUUGUCCUUUAUUAACAGAAUUGGGUACUAAAUCAACUACUGCAGUAUCCUCUAGAUCAUUGUCUAAUACAGAAAUGCCUACUGCUGCAAAGAAGCAAUUUAAGUUAUUUGGUUGAUUUUUCUUGUAAUAAAGUUUUUGUUAGAUAAUUACAAAUAUUCAAAUCAUAUUUUUUUACUUGUAUAUACUGUAUAUAUGUACCUUAAUGAGUGAACUCAAAGAAAAAUUACUUUAUAUAUAGGAAAGUACAUUAUCAUCAUUCAAGCAGGCAAAGUCUUCAUGGUUCAGUGCUCAUUCCCACCAAAUUGCAUCAACCAAUUCUCUCCCUAUUUUUGUUCAUUUUACUUUAGUAUCAAGUACAGUACUUAUGGAGAAAGCAUAUUGCCAGUGCCCUGUAUUCUACUUGUCUCACAUUUUCUCGAAGACCACCCCAUUCAAGGAAGUUCCCUUCCCGUGGCAAAGAACCUCUUGGAUCUUUCUUUCCUUCCUUGGAUCAGAUCUAAAUUUCUCCUACCCCUCCUCUCUCCUUUUAGUUUCCUUGGAUAUUAUAUGUCCUUUUGUGAAAUCCAGCUCCAAGACAGAAAGAUAAUGAACCUCUUGUCAACCCUCUUCUAAUGUAGCCUCUGUUGGUAAUGCUCUAGUGGUUGGAUCACUCCACCUGAUGGAAAUUUGAUCUUUAGGCAUGUCAUGUUAUCUUCUGGUGAAGAUAACCUGACAUGCCUGUUAGCUGAAAAAUGAUUGCACAAUCUGUGAUUUUAUCUAAUCAGGUGGUUUUUGCCAAUCCUUGCUCAGUCAAUGCUGGAGGUACCAUCUUGGUAGGGUAGGAGUCAAAUUUGCUGUAAUACGUUAUUUUCAGUUAAAACAUCUGAGUGAGUCUGCACUGAAAGUGGCAUACUGUCAGAGUGGGUAGCAGAAGAGGUUGGUAAACACCAGAUAAAGGAUACAUGUGGAGGGUCAUAUGAGCUAUCAAGGUAUAUAUGGAAGAGGAAGGGGUGCCAUUUUUUGAACUAGAACAAAGUCCUGCAGCUGUGCCCAGAAAGAUGAGUGGUUGACUUGAAAAAUCUCUUAUUUUCAUACUUGCUAAGCAGUGGGAUAAAUGCAAACAUAGAAAUGCAUUUGUAGGGUUUUACUGCAGAAAUGCAUAACAUGUGAAGGUUAUAAUGAAGUCAUGAUAUUCUUCAGUCUUGAUGCCGCUGCCUUUUGAAACACUUGCAGCAACUUUUGCAUUUUUCUUAUUAAUAAACUGCAUCAUCGUA